UUUUUUUCUUUACAAAAGUUGCAGUGCUAAGUUCGUAGUUAAAACUUAAAAAAAAAAACAAGUGCUUCGAAGUUAUUCUUUUCUCAAUUCAGUUAAACUCUUUAGAAUUAAUUACUUACAUAGAUCAGACCUCUUAACUAUAUAAAAGGGAGUAAUUAAUACGUUCAAGGUUCAUAUUGUGACAUACUUAGUACCUGUUUAAACUACAUCCAUCGAUCAAGCAGCGAAUGAUGAUGUCUCUAGAGUUUCUUACUUUUAUCCUUUUGGGAUUGUCAACUUUAAUUUACUUAUUUCUCACUUGGAAUUUCAAAUAUUGGACUGAUCGUGGUGUUAAAGGUCCUAAGCCAAAACCGUUAUUUGGUAGUCUUCCGAAUAUGAUUAAACAUAAACGUCAUAUUAUUUAUGAUAUGCAAGAAAUUUACAAUAAAUAUCGUUACGAAGAAGAUUUUGUUGGACUUAUAAGUAUUCGAACUCCUAAGCUAAUGGUGACCAGUGGGGAUAUGGCUCACAGAGUUUUUGUCAAAGAUUUUAAAAACUUUCGUUAUAACGAAGCUACUACUUGGAUUGAUUAUAAAAAUGAUAAAUUUUUCGUGAAGAAUUCAUUUGUUCUUCGAGAUGAUGAUUGGAAAGAAAGCCGUAUUGAAGCUACUCAGGGUCUGACUCCAAACAAGGUCAAAGCAGCAUUUCCAAUGUUGAAAAAGAAUUGCAAUAGACUAAUAGAAUACAUGAAGAUGCAUUGUACUGGACCCACCAAGACCGGAAUCGAUAUAAAAUUUGUCUGCCUAAAUUACACCUCUGAUGUAGUAGCUGAUUUUGUUCUGGGCUUACAAACUGACUGUCUUAAAGAUAGUUCAGUUAAAAUUCCCGAAAUGACUAAAAGACUUUUUGAAAAAUCUACAACAUUUACGGUUUAUGCAUUUUUUGCUGGAUUCUUUCCAUUUAUUAAGUCAAUUUAUAAAGAGAAAUUCUUCAAAUCUGAUACUCAGAAAUUUUUUGGCAAUCUAUUAAACACAGGCAUAAAUAUGCGCCAGAAAGAAAUUAACAAUGACCGUGCUGAUUUCUUAGGUCAUUUACUGCAAAUGCAACAAAAGAAAAACCUAACAAAUGAUCAUUUGCUAUCGCAUGCGAUGACUUUUCUGUUGGAUGGGCUGGAGACAACAGCUGCUGUUAUUGCUGCGUGCUUAUAUCAACUAGCAAAAUAUCCAGAUAAACAGGAACUACUCCUUAAAGAAAUCCUUGAAAACUCAGACGAAAAAGUGGAACUAACUUACGAUAAACUAGAUUCGAUGGAAUAUUUUGAUCAAUGUUUCCAUGAAAGUAUGCGUCUCCUCCCACCAGCUUUAAUUUCCAAUAAACUGUGUACUGAACAUUGUGAAGUGAAAAACAAAAGUGGCAUUACAUUAAAAAUGAAACCCGGUGAUAUCGUUGUUAUUCCUCUAUUUUGUUUACAUCACGAUGAACAAUAUUAUCCUGAACCUGAAGAAUUUAUCCCAGAACGUUUUAGUCCAGAAAAUGGUGGCCACAAGAAAUUCCGUGACAUGGGAGUUUUCUAUCCAUUUGGUGACGGCCCACGAAUGUGUAUGGGAAUCAAAUUUGCUCAAGCUCAAACAAAAAUUGCAAUUGCUGAAAUAGUAAGGAACUUUAAUGUUAAAUUACAUUCAAGGACUAGAAGAGAUAAUUAUGUGCAACCAGUUUAUUUCCUUGGAUCUUUGGAAGGUGGAAUUUGGCUUGAUUUUGAAAACAGGAAAAAAUAAUGGGGCACCUCUCUAAAAAAAGUUAAUUCAAAUAAUAAAACAUGUAUGAACUUUAAAUAUAUUUCCAUAGCCUUAUAAAAUGUUAGGCUUUUCUUCAGUAUUUAAAAAAAAAUAUAUCAAAGUUUUUAAACGAAA